AUGUCCCAGAACAUGCGCAAGGUCAAGGGACAACGCAUCCGCCCACGCAAGCCGCGCAAGAAAGCCCUUCAGCCGCCCGAUGCCCCAGCACAGAUUCCGAACGACUGCCUGUUCAUGAAGCUGCCUCCGGAGCUGCGCAACGUUAUCUACGAGCUCAUCAUCGAAGAUUACCACAGAGACCAGGUGCGAGACAGAGACUCCUACGUCAAUUACACCAACCGCAUUUCGAUCAAUGGCCGCAUAAUUGCGACUGGUACUAGGAAAGGCCUCUCCUUUGGUGAAGACACAAUACCAGUGGGCUUGAAGAAUUGGCCGGAACCUGACCUGCUCCUCAUGUCGAAACAAGUUCGGCUGGAAGCCCGCCCACUGUAUUAUAGCCUCGCCAAGUUCCAAGUCUUUACGUACGCACGUAAUCUUGCUGCACUUUUUGAGCUGCUCAACAGCAUUACCGAAAGCUUGGAGCCGAUUCCUGGAGCAAGGUGGCCUAUCAAACACGUCGAAAUCUAUAUCAUCAAAGCAAAGUGGAGCGAUUUUCGCCACUUGCUUUCGCUGGCCCAAAUUACCAUGAAAUAUCCCGUUGAAGUGAAUCGCGUGUACAAUACGUUCGGCCACGUCAUCGAAAAAGCGCAAGAGCUGGGAAUGCGUGGGCACCAGGAAGGAUGGACGGAGGAAUGGCUUGCGAUUGAAUUUGAGGAGUGGGUCGCACGGAUGCAGAACGAUAGUCGGUGGUCUAUUGCCAUUCAUGGAAAUCAUAUCAACAAAUGCUGGUCGAGGAUGCCAAAGGACUUGGAGCUUCCUGGACACAACUAUAGUCUCAAAGAUGAGAGAGAAGACGACAGCAGCUUCAGAGGCAGCAGCCGCAACGUGCCGCCAAGCGAUCGAAAGCUUCGUUCGAGGUCCUAG